UAUAUGCGCAUAUCAGUUAGUCAAGUCAAGGCAAGACAAGACUAGACAAACAUAAAAAAAUACACAAACAGUUACCAAAAUGUCAUCUGACGAAGAGGUUGCAGUUUGUCUGUGGUACACUCUACAAGAGUUAGAGAAAAAACAGACAAAAAAAUUAUGGGUUCAUCCAUUAAAUCAGAAACGUAUAACUCAUAAUGUGAUAUUUUCUUUAUUAUGUGAAUUACGUGCUGAUGAAAGUAAAUUUAAAAAUUACACACGUGUUAAUAUUGAUACGUUUGACUUUAUUUUACAACAAAUACAAGAAGAAAUUAGAAAACAGGAUACUCAUUUUAGGAAAAGUAUUUCUCCUGAAGAAAGACUGUUGCUUACAUUAAGUUUUUUGUCCUCUGGAGAACGUUUUCAACGCUUGCAUUAUAAUCUGCGAGUAGGAGCUACUACAGCAGGUAAAAUUGUUAAUGAAACGUGUAAAGCAAUAUGGAAACUCCUAUCACCACAAUUUAUGCCUUUGCCAACUACUGAAGAUUGGUUAAAGAUUGCAAAUGGAUUUGAAAAAUGUUGGGAUUUUCCAAAUUGUGUCGGCGCCAUCGAUGGUAAGCAUAUAGCCAUUCAAUGUCCACCCAAUUCAGGAUCCGGAUUUUUUAACUACAAAGGACACCAUUCUAUAGUUUUACAAGCAGUAGUUGAUGCUAAUACUAAAUUUAUAUUUAUUGAUGUUGGGGAUUUUGGUCGUAAUAGUGAUGGAGGUGUUCUUAAGGAAUCAAAUUUUGGAAAAUUACUAGAAGCUAAUAAAUUGCUUUUACCUCAGCCAAGAAAAAUAAAUAAAGAUUUAGAGUAUGAAUUUCCAUUUGUUUUUGUCGCGGACGAAGCGUAUCCUUUAAAACCAAUUUAAUGAAACCAUUUGCACGUAGACCACUUACAAAUUUAAAGCGAAUUUAUAACUACCGGCAAUCACGAGCGAGGAGAAUUGUGGAGUGUGCUUUCGGCAUAUUAACAAAACGGUUUAAUGUAUUUGAGAAUAA